UGAAAGGCCUUUCGAAUAAGCAAAAAUUAUUUUUUAUGUCGUAUGCACUUUAAUGAAUACCAACUGAACUGGUUGGCUUAUAGAAUAUAUUUAUUUUAAUUAAUAUUUUUUCGUAUAUUUAUAAUGUAGGUGGUCUAUAUGAGUAUGGGGUCUAUGACUCUUUUACGGACCAUCCUUAUGGCAUUUCUGUUUUUGUUAAUUUGUUGUCAUUAAAUUGUAAUAAAUAACUAAAAAACAAAAUAUUAAAUAAAUUGUCUUGAUAGUAGAAUUCCUUUCACAUUGAAGAAUCAAUAAUGUGACCUCAUGCUACAUGUAGUUCAAUAACAUUUGAUACAUUGUUUGCAUUUUAAAGUCAACCAGAAGACCUCCCAGACUUGGUAGAUCCUGACUCCAGUGACACAAGUAGAAAUAACUCUGAUGAAGAGUGUAUGCCUGGUCUGGUUGAAAUGGAAUCCUCGGAAAAUAGCGAUGACUCUGACAACAAUGAAAGUGAGGAUGCUCAUUCUGGCAGUGGUGAUGAAUAUAAAUCCAAUGACUCAGCUACACGGAAGAAGAGUACUUCUGUUUCAGGGUCUAAAAAGCGAACACCAAGCAAAAGAGUGAAGCAACUUCUUCGAGAAUCUGUGCAGGACAAAGCUAAAAAGGAUGAGAGAGCUAAGAAGGAAGAAAAAGAGAAGAAAGUUGCAGAUCCAUCGGCCAAGAAGGAAAUCAAAAAAGCUGAGAAAAAGAACAAAAAAGUCAAGGCUAUGCAGAUGGACCAGAAUGGCAAUUCUCAACAGUUAAAAGAAUUCACUGCCUACCUUAAACAAGGCAGCAAAGCCAUUGUGGAUAAGAAGUUUGAGAUGGCUGUUCGUAGCUAUGCAGAGGCUAUCAAUAUAAUAAAGCAUCAUCAGUGGCAAUAUGAGGUAACUAUGGCUUGUCCUGGACCUAGCAGAUUGAAAAAUAAUAGAUGGCACAGGCCUGGGUUGUUUGAAAGGUGGAUAAUGCUAUCCACUGGAUAA